CAAAGAUUUGAAACCCAAACUGCAUACUAUGGGUCAAGUGCAGAGCCAGAGCGAGAGCGAGCGGGGAGAUGCCGCCUCCGUGAAUCAAACUCGUUCCACCGCUACCGCACCCUCGCCCCAGUCCCCUUCGCCGCAGCCUUCCCUUGAUUCUUUAAUUGCCGAAGCUGCAGCAUAUGGUGCAGAAGAUGAGAACGAGUCUCUUGAUGAGCAAGCUCAGAAAGCCUUGGACUGCCCUUGCAUUGCUCAUUUGCGGAAUGGCGCCUGUGGUACACAGUUCUCUAGUGCUUUCCUCUGUUUCCUCAAAAGCACGGCAGAAGAAAAGGGCUCGGAUUGUGUCCACCCUUUUGUGGCUCUGCAGAACUGUAUAAAGGCAAACCCUGGUGCAUUCUCAAAGGACAUCCUUGAUGAUGAUGAAGCCAACAAAGAAGAGGCCAGGAAAGAAGAAACGCCACCACAACAAUAUAAAAUCAUUCCUCCAAUUUGGUCAGCAGAAUCAAAAGGCAAAAAACACAAGUCAUAGGGAUAUUCUCCGUCUUUGCUCCUUCUGGCACUAGGGUUCCCAUUCCUAGCUAUCGAACUCCAGAUAUAGUAGAGAUAGUUUUUCAGCUUCUGACCAUUGAUAUUCUCUUACAACACGUUUGGUUCGCGGAAUAAGCCUGGAAAGGAAUAACCCUGGCCGAUAAAUUAUCUGAUUUGACCUUUCGACUUCCAUAGGAUUAUUUUCUGAAAAAUAUAUAUUUCCCCUCCACAUGUUAGUUAAUGGAGUUUAUAGAAGAAGAAUGUUUUGAUGAUGUUUAAGAGGGUUUUAAUUUAAAUACCAGAGUUUCUAAGGAUAAGAGAACCAUUACUUCUGAAAUUUUGUUAAAACACUGUGAAUAUUUAAGUAACACAAUCAACUGAGGAUGUGAACAUGAAAAAAUGGGUUACUUGUUUUA